AUGCUCAUACUUUCCAAUAUGAUUGAAUGGAGUUCUCAUUCGAUCCAGUCUAUCCAUAUUUGGAAGUUUAUGAUCGCAAUCUUCCUCGCAGCCAAUUUGAAGACUUUACCGCUAGUAUUUCACUAUCGCAUCUUCCGCCCCAUCAUCCAGAGCUUCUUCAGAAGGAAAACAAGCCACCAAUUAUCAAUUCGUUAUCAAGAUAAAGACCUGCCUCUUGUUUUCCUUCCUUGUAUAACGACAACAUACACGUCACUGCUUGAGGCCGAUUACAACCUCCACAAGUCCAAUAGUACAUAUUUUACCGACCUUGAUGCAAGCCGGUCUCAUCUUCUGUCAUAUAUUUGCCACCGUGGAGUUUUCGUUGUUGAUCAAGAGCUUGUUGCUGAGGGUAACCGGGGAAUAAUGGCUGCCAUAAUUGGAUCUGUUACCACGAGCUUCAAGAAGGAAAUUCGAAUCUUUCAGCAGUACGAAGUAUGGUCACGGAUUCUGACCUGGGAUCGGAAGUGGCUUUAUAUUGUGACGCAUUUUGUUCAGAAAGGGAGUGUCAAGCAAAUUGAUUUGGACACUCACAAGAUUUCGAUGGGAAAUACAUUUGGAAAUUGCGGUGUGCCGACUAAGAGCCAAAAAAGCAAAGAAAAACCAGUGCAGCCUGUUGUUUUUGCAACCUCAGUCUCAAAGUAUGUGUUCAAAAAAGGGCGAUUAACAGUGGCGCCAGAACGACUUCUGAGGGCUUCAGGUCUUUUGGGAGAAGGUGACAAGACGGGAGAAUUUCCCGCCCAAUGCCAGGACCAUGGGAUGAAAAGCACCGAAGCCAUCAUGGGCAAGAAAACCGACGACGUGAGUGAUUUGGAGAUCGGCCAAGCCAUCGAGAAAGAGAGGCUCAGAGGGAUGAAAUACGCCAAAGCUUGGGCUGAAUUGGACACCCUACACGAGGAGCUGCUUAGGGAACACGAGAUAAGUGACUGCGUUCCUAUCAUUGGUAGCUUCAGUGAUAUUGCAGGUUAUGGCAUUUCCUACCACUAG